AUGGCUGACAAUGAGGGACAGGAGCCCGAUGUGAGUGUCAGACGUCGCAGGACUGGAAACCAACUGUUGUCACCGGAGUUACUAGAUUUGGAUAAAUUUGAUUUGAGUUUAUUGGACAACGACUUCGAUGCGCUCCAAAUGGCAUACGAAUUGACUUCGGAGAUCAUAAUCAUCGAAAUGAUUCACCGGUUUAUUGUGUGCGCAUACGAGGCAAAUUCUCAAGUAUUAUACCAUUUAAGUAAUCAAUUCUUUGUACUUUUCUUAUCUUUUUUACGGUUUGCCGUCAUAUCUGGUCCGAUGUCUGGUCUGAACGCACAGACAAUAUGUCUAUAUUCUGGCCAAAUGGGAAGGGAAGGGGGUUCGACACCCGGCAAAGCCAUAUUCGGCAUUUCAGUCGUUUCCUGUGAUACAAUCGACGACUUAGGCAAUGGUCUGAUUCGCGUAAAUCCCGCCAAAAAUAUCGGAAUUCUUUGGUCAUUACUUCGCGCUCUUAUCAAAAACCUAAGCGCAGUCUUCUUUAUCCCGGCGUCGCUCACAGUAUUCCUGUCCCCACACAAUAGGGCCGCGUAUGACAUCCUCUGCAAGUGUGUUGUCGUCCAAGAGAUCCAGAAUCGUGUCUAA